AUGCUUUUAAUUAUAUAUUUGGAUGUCCAGGUUCGUGGUUUUCUGGGGCAACAACAAUUGGAGGAUGCCCUUACUGGCAUGGACCUCGUAAUCAUUCCUGCUGGUGUGCCCAGGAAACCUGGGAUGACAAGAGAUGAUCUUUUCAACAUCAAUGCAGGAAUAGUUAGGACCCUAUGUGAAGGGAUUUCAAAGUGCUGUCCAAAGGCCAUUGUUAACCUUAUUAGUAAUCCUGUGAACUCGACAGUUCCAAUUGCAGCUGAGGUUUUCAAAAAGGCUGGCACCUAUGAUCCAAGAAGACUUUUGGGAGUCACGAUGCUUGAUGUUGUCAGAGCUAAUACCUUUGUGGCUGAAGUUUUGGGGCUUGAUCCUAGGGACAUUGAUGUUCCAGUUGUAGGGGGCCAUGCUGGUGUUACUAUUUUACCUCUGCUCUCCCAGGUUAAACCUCCAUGUUCUUUCACCCAACAAGAAACUGAGUACCUGACAUCUCGUAUUCAGAAUGGUGGAACCGAAGUUGUUGAGGUAGGAUGUAUUCUUACCUGGAAUAAUUGUAUUACAAGGUUUAUAAUUCUUAUUUCUUUAUAUAUGCUGACCCUGAACUCUUACAUCUUUGUUUUAUCAAGUGGAUUCCUAUGGUAUUUUAUAAGUGAUCCUUGUGCCUUAGACAUGCUGCAAAUUUAUUUAGUGAUGAAAACCGUUCCCAUUUGUCAAACAUUGAGCCCCUAUUUGAUGGCCAUUAUUUUGAAAAAAAANGCUUCAAGAGUACGUCUUGGUCGAAAUGGUGUUGAAGAGAUAUACCCACUUGGUCCUCUAAAUGAAUAUGAGAGAGUUGGCUUGGAAAAGGCAAAGAAAGAGUUGGCUGGAAGCAUUGAGAAGGGGGUUUCCUUUGUAGGAAAAUAAAAAGGCUACUGGCAUAUUUCUGUCUUCCUAGAUUUCCAUAUCGAGAAAUCACCUUCUGGAUUAAAAGUGGAGUGGUCAUUGUACCAAAAGGAAGACUUUGUAAACUGAGAAGAUGGCCAAUAAAUGAUGAUUCUAUGGUUUGAUAUAAAAGUAAUGUUAUUUAGCAUCAUUGAUAUUAAAAUAUCGGUCUAAGUGGCACUAAUAUGACAUUAAAUAAGAUGUUUAAUUAAAUAAAUCUUCUAAUUUUACCUUUCAUUAA